AAUUGAUAUGUCAUUUUUUGAUUCAAUAAUUAAAUUUUGUUUUGUGACCUCUAUCCCUCAAUAAAAGGCGAGAUGAAUUAUUAUUUUUGAAAAUUUUUUUUAUUUAUUUUUAAUUUGUUUGAACUCGAAAUUGAAAAUUGCAGUGUAGGUGUUAAGAAUUAAGAAACACAAAACUCGCGUGACUGUUGGGUGAAAGAUUUUUCUCGUGCAGAGAGAGUCUGCUUCCUUCUCAACUUUUCUUCUUCUCUGUGGACUGUAAUGUCUCUCCCUCUUUCAAAUUUCGAAUCCUCCGAUUUCCUAGCUAAAAUUUCAUUCAAACUCCUCACAAAUGGUCUAUUUACCUGCAAUUGAACCGUUCCAAGUCCAGUUUUUUAGCUCCUUAGUUUGUAUCGGUUUUUGAAUUGUUGAAUUUUUUGCUAUUGAGUUCGGCGACUGUUUGGUCUUUGAUCGGUUCUUUAUGCGAGAGAUCUAUUAAUUUGUCGAAAUUAAAUUCAAUCGCUGUCUGGUGUUUUGAAGAAUCUGAAUCUUCAAGUCAGAUGUUGCUUUCCGAUGAGCAUUUUCACGGAAUUCUCGGGUUAUUUGAUAAACAGUCAUACUGAUAUACGGUGGAUUAGCUAUAGCCAAGGAACAUUCAAGUUAUUAACAAGGAGAUGCCAGCAGCAACCUAGCCGGAAUGAUGACCUUACAGAACACUCAAGAUAUACAAUCCUCGACCCAAGUCUCACAUGAGUCUCAAAGUGAAGAGCAGAACAAUCACUCGGGAGAGGCUCCCUUGGCAGACUCUGGCUCUGUAUCCACUUCAAGUAAUGGUAACAGAAAGGUUUCACGCCAAGAUAUUGAGCUUGUCCAGAAUUUGAUAGAACGGUGCCUUCAACUGUAUAUGAAUAGAGAUGAGGUGGUCAAAACUCUUUUAACUCGUGCUAGGAUUGAUCCUGGUUUUACAACAUUGGUUUGGCAGAAGUUAGAAGAAGAAAAUGCAGAUUUCUUCCGGGCCUAUUACAUAAGGCUGAAGUUGAAAAAACAGAUUCUUUUAUUCAAUCAUUUGCUUGAGCAUCAGUUCCAUCUUAUGAAGUAUCCCGUGCCUCCGAAGAUUCCCUUGGCUCCUAUACAAAAUGGGAUUCAUCCCAUGCCCGUUAACAACAUGCCUAUGGGAUACCCUGUGCUACAACCUCCAAUUCCAGCUCCAGGCCAACCCCACAUUGAUUCCUUGGGCUGUGGAAUAUCAAGCUGUCAUGUGGUUAAUGGGGUUCCUGCACCAGGAAAUUUUCAGCACAUUCGAAUGAAUUCUGGGAAUGAGAUGAUGUUGGAUACAAGUGCAGCUGAAGUAGCUCCUGUUGUUCCUUCAAGCAGUGUUAUGUCAGAAAUGUCUGUGAGUCCCACGUCUGCUGCAUCUAGUGGUCAUUUUCCUUUCACUGCAUCAGACAUGUCGGGAAUGGGAGUUGACACUUCUGCUCUAGAUACAACAUUCACAUCAGAUGUGGCAUGUUCAGUCGGAUUGCAGCUUGGACCAGAUGGCGGGGCUGGAAAUUCGAGAGAUUCCCUGAGAUCAUUGGAUCAAAUUCCGUGGAAUUUCAGCCUCUCAGAUCUAACUGCAGAUUUGUCCAAUUUGGGAGAUUUAGGGGCUCUAGGAAACUAUCCUGGUUCUCCCUUCCUGGGCUCAGAUUCAGAAAUUUUACUUGAUUCUCUAGAGCAUGAUGACAUAGUAGAGGAGUUUUUUGUUGACCCUGGUCCAUGCUCUCAGUCUGAUGAAGAGAAAUCGUAGACAGUGGAACAUGGCGCAUCUUUUCAUUCAAAUUUCUUAGAGCAAAUAAGACUAGUAUGGGAGAUUUAUAUUAAUAAAGACUAGUAUGUCAUCUCUAGCAGGAAUUUGAACAACUGAACAGUCUUAGAACGUAGUACUGAUCAUUGCUGUCGUGCAAAUAGGGAAAUAGUUGUAUUGCCGUCUGUUGUAGUUUUCAAGCCAGCAGAAGAAAUGUAACAUUUGGUCCUUUUUUUUUUCUUUCCCUCUCCCACAUUAGACUUAAUGAAAUUUCAUUACGGAACUUCGACAUUCCUUAAUAUUUAUGUAUUUGUAAUAGUUGCUGAUGUAAUUACCCUGUUGAUCCAUGAUAUGCUGUUCUCUCAUUUUGAAG